GCAACAAUAGCUUGUUAAUAGGCAAAAGUGCAAUACAAAACCUAGUAAGAAGACACCAAUCUAUUAAAUAACGUGCCAAUAAAGUAAAAGAAAAAAGGCUUAAAAUGUGCAAUAACAAUUGUCAAAACAUUCGUUACAUAAUUUUAUGCGCACUGCUUGGCCUCGCCUACUCACUUCCCAUCUCCGGUGAGAAUGAAAACAACAAUCUUGGGCCUACCGUAACCUCUACUACAGCAAAGCCGAAUUCACUUGAAGUGAAUCUACGACAUAGGCGCCAAUAUGUACCAGUACAAGAUUUAAAUUCAUUUUUGAUUUUGGAACCUAUCGUCGUCCAGCAACAGCCAAUUCCAUUUCUCACCGUAGCAAAUGUACACAAUCAACGUUCGCGGCGCACCUUGACUCAGGCGGAACUCGAUGAACCCGUCGAUGUGGACUUUGAUAUGGAGGUCGCAGAAGUUAACGUAUUUCGUCCCCUCUUCCGUUAUCGCGCUGAAGUGGCACGUAAUCUGGGACGAAGACAACAGCUUGGUUAA